CUAGCUGGUUUUGUCUUGCUCUUUCCGCCAUGGAUUCCAAACACAGAUUUUUCGAGGAGUGGGUAGACACCAGCUCCUCUUUCUCCUCCGACUCAUCCUGGACAUCGUUUGACCUCAGCACUGACCUCACAUCAAUCAGCUCCGACAUAUCUGCGACGGCUCCUGACAGACCUCUCGAAGACCGGCUGCCAUCGAAGUGCCGACCACUUGAAACCAAAAGGAGGACCUUGAAAGCCGAAUGGAGGGAGACGUCGUUUCUCAACGACCACAAGAAUAAGACAUCAGGCUGGCCGCCUCCCGGUCCAGGCUCCUGGGGAGGUCUGCAGGGGCCCCCAUACAGCUGGGACAGCAUGAGCAACACCAGGGAUGGCCGGGACUUCUUAACCAACCAAGGGUCCCAGAGCAGCUCCCUGGAGGAGGUCCACCUCGAUGGUCUCCCUCCCGCUCCUCGUCUGGUGGAGAUGAGAAGGGAUCCGGUCCUGGGCUUUGGCUUCGUGGCUGGCAGUGAGAAACCUGUGGUGGUCCGUUCUGUCACACCUGGUGGUCCAUCUGAGGGGAAGCUGCUGCCAGGCGAUGAGAUUAUCAUGAUCAACGAUGAGCCAGUCAGCUCAGCCCCCAGGGAGCGAGUCAUCGAUCUCGUCAGGAGCUGCAAAGAGUCCAUUAUGCUGACUGUUGUUCAACCAUAUCCAUCUCCUAAAUCAGCGUUCAUCAGUGCAGCCAAAAAAGCCAUGCUGAAGUCCAAUCCGGUCAAAGUGCGCUUUGCUGAGGAGGUCAUUAUAAACGGCCAGGUCCCGAAUCCGGUGAAGGAUAACUCUUUACUAUUCAUGCCAAAUGUCCUGAAGGUCUACCUGGAAAACGGGCAGACAAAGUCUUUUCGAUUCGACAGCAGUACCUCCAUCAAGGAGGUGAUUCUGACCCUGCAGGAGAAGCUGUCCAUCCGCUGCAUCGAGCACUUCUCUCUAGUGUUGGAGGAGAGAACUGAAGGUUCUGGAAGCAAACUGCUUCUCCUGCAUGAGCAGGAGAUGCUUACUCAGGUUACCCAGAGGCCUGGUUCUAACAGGAUGAAGUGUUUCUUUAGAAUAAGCUUCAUGCCGAGGGACCCAGUGGAGCUGCUCCGUCGGGAUGCUGUUGCGUUUGAAUACCUCUAUGUACAAUGUUGUAAUGACGUGGUCUUGGAGCGCUUCGGCCCAGAGCUUAAGUACGAUGCUGCUCUGCGACUGGCUGCUUUGCAGAUGUACAUCCUCUCCAUGACGGCCAGACAGAGUCAAAAGGUUUCUUUGAAAUAUAUCCAAAAGGAGUGGGGUCUGCCGCUGUUCCUGCCUCCAACUGUGCUGUCCAGCAUGAAGGAGAAAAACAUCAAGAAGGCUCUGACGCACAUCCUGAAAACCAACCAGAACCUUGUGCCUCUGGGGAAAAAACUAACUGCAUUGCAGGCCAAGGUGCAUUACCUGAGGUACAUCAGUGAGCUGAAACUAUAUGGAGGAAGAGAGUUUAAAUCGAUACUUUUGCAGGGAGAGAAACAGACAGAGGUGAUGCUGUUAGUGGGCCCGCGAUAUGGAAUCAGUCAUGUAAUUAAUGCCCGGACCAACCUUGUAGCCCUGUUGGCCGAUUUCAGCCACGUUAACCGCAUUGAGAUUCUUACUGAGGAUGAGAUGAACGUCCGGCUGGAACUUCAUGUCCUGGAUGUUAGGCCCAUCACACUAAUCAUGGAGUCAAGUGAUGCAAUGAACCUUGCUUGCCUAACAGCUGGCUACUACCGCCUCCUAGUGGAUUCCCGUAGAUCUAUUUUCAACAUGGCCAACUGCAAUAACAUAGCAGAGGAUGACACUGGUCAGGAUCGUGUCCUUGAGUGGCCAUACAGCACAUCUUUUGGGGAAAAUGAAGAGCCAGCACAGGGGUCUGUCUAUAACAGGAACUAUUCAGACAAUGGGCAGAGGGAGAACAGCAUUUCUCCUUACUUUAAUGAGCCCCAAAAUCUUGAUAGCGACCUAGGGAAGAGAAGAAGUCCGGUUCCCCCUCCUCUUCCCCCUGCAACCAGGCACAAAACUCAGGACUCUCCUCGGAGUGCCAAAGUUUCAUUUAUUUUUGGAGGUAACCCACCGUUGAACAGAGCAAGGAACUAUGAAGCACUGCCAGAGAGCCCUGAGUCCUCUGAGCUCUUCCAGUUCAGUGAGCUAACGCACAUCUAUAGCAACAUUAUAACGGAGGAAGGUGGUGAGGAGCCUGUGCUUAGGGAGCUGUUUAAUCGAGACGCAACAGACGAUGCAGAGGAUGAUGAGGAUGCUUCCUGUGAGGAAGACUCCACAGGGGGGACCCCAGUUGGUGAUAACAGGGAAGGUGGACUGAACUGUGACAGCCAAGGAGCACGGUUGCCCACAGCAGCUGGCAAAGCCACUUUUCUUACCCUCUCUGGGUCCACGGAUGAUAUCAUCGACCUCACAUCACUGCCACCUCCCGAAGGAGACGACGGGGUCAACGACGAUGAGGACGACUCCCUGUUGCAGACCCUGAACCUUGCAAUCGCAGCGCCACCACCAGGCUUUCGGGACAGCAUAGAUGAGGACACAGCCCCAGAGGGACGGCCUCUAAGCACAUGUAGUAAUGAUGACAUCCCUGUAUCGCUAAUCGAUGCCGUUCCAACACAUGGGGAGGAAGAAGGAAGCAGAGGAGGGCAGAGUAGGUUAGAAAAUGCUGUUGUGAAUUCGCUACAAGCACUGGCGGACCUAUCAGUCUCUGAGCGGAGACCUCAUCGCCCACCACCCAGAAGUAACAACACAGGUAUGUGCACAUCUCAAGGAUUUAGCCCAGAGUCCUCAUCAGAUUCUGGCAAUGAGACCAACUCUUCUGAGAUGACUGAAAUCUCUGAACUAGCCGCUACUCAUAGACUUAAUGAGAGCCACAUGCGUUUGCUUGUAGCCACAACAGAAGGAUACCAACCUUUACUUGAAGAGAAAACUGAAUUUCCAGUCUCACCUAAUUCAUGCGCCAAUGUAGAAAAGAAACCCCGCAGCCCGACACGACACCUUCAGCCUCCAGCAGUUCCUCCAAGACGUAGCCCCCAGCUGGACCUAACAUCAUCGGGGUUGGACAGAUUGGAGGUGAAAUCCCAAAAUACUCUCUCGGUUACUCUCCAGCGUCCCAGUUCAACAACACCAGGAGGUAAACACCAGAAAAAAUCAGCACACUCCAGUGGAAAGUACAACACCUUCAGUACCAGGGAAGGUUUUCGAAGUGAGAUUAAUAGCAGGCGCAGCUAUCUUGAUUUAAACCAACGCACUUCAUUUAUUGAGCAAGAAGAAGGUCAGAGGGGACAGAAUUCCUUUUUCACCUCGUCCUCUGUAACCGAGGGCACUGUAGCGACAAGCCCGGCUCGAGACCCUCGAAAUAAUCUUCGCCCAUCUUCGGCUGUUUCUGAUCGGUUCUUAGAGGUUGUUAACAUGGGCGGUUGUGAUGCAGGCAACGGAACUACGACCACUGAGCAGGAUGAACACUUGGUUGUAGCAUCCUUGCUGUCACCGAGCAAGCAAUCCAGAUCAGGAGGUUCUGAACAAGGAUCGGAUACACAAAGUGACCAUCAGCCAAUUUCAAGACAACAGAGUGUUGCACGGUUGUGUGAGUACCACCUGGCAAAAAGGAUUUCAAAUUUGCAAGGGGAAGCUCACAGUUCACUUCAGGGCUCCUUGUGCUCAUCACUUGAUGCAGGUGGCAGCACAAAUAGCAGUGCCUGUGCAACACCAAAUGACUCCCCCCUUGGCCCCGGUGCAAUUGAGUCCAAGCACAAUCGCUUGCAAAAGCACCAUCUUUCGAGCUCUUCCUCUUCCCUGCUUAGAGUGCUAAACAACGAAGACAGCAAUUCUGGACUCCCAGUAGGAUUCCAAAGCCAAAACACUCAAAGCAAAGACCCUCAUCCUCAUGCAGACCCCAACCUCCUUCGAAAAAUGCUGCCCAACAUCCAUCCCCCACUUGCUGGGGGGGAAACAAGUCGACCUUCCUCAGCAACUCCUUCCAAACACAAGGAGAUAACAGGAAAUAAGAAGCAUCCAAACGAAAUCCACGUUAAACAGCAACCUAGCUUUAAGGGCCUUAACCCAAAGGAAGGCAGUGAGGCCUACAGACAACUGAUAAACUAUCUCACAGUAAGUCAAAUGCAUCAGGGGGGUAAAUUACAUAGUGCGGGUAUGGGAGGUGCAGUUAAAAAAGACAGCAGACGUUUUAUUACAAGCAACCCUCAGUUAAUUGAAAUGGUUAAGGGUAGAGGUAGUACCACUGCUCGCUGUCCAUGUAUGCCUUCCUCUCUCUCAUCCCCAUUUCUCAGCCCUAAUACUGCAACUUCUCAUUCAGCAACAAUGCAAUUAGCAAAUAAAGAUGCAAGGUCCUACCUUUCAGCCACACUUCCUGCCAAACUGAAGAGAAGCCCUGAUAUGCAUGUACAAAGACUGAAUGAUAGUUUGGACUUCAGGAGAGCUCCAACUGAAAGAAGGAGCUCCUUUUCUGGUCUGGAAAGUGAGCUGGGCAGGGAGGAUAUUGAUCCAGAACAUUUUCUCUCUCAAUGUAAAAAACAAGAGCAUAUGAACCGUGAUGGGGCUUCAAAUCAAAAUCGAAAUCGUGAUUUUGGAGGUAACAAUAAUCGCCCUCCACCUCGUUCAAGAAGCCAACCAAGUGGCACCACAGAAGACUGGUUCAAACCAGACUCGAGGUCAAAACAUGCAGGUUUUUAUUCUCCUCAAAAACCUAAUGACUCUUUUUCUUGUUCAACUGCACCCAGUUUGAGUGGUCAACGUGCAGAGCUAAAUGCUCUCUCACUAGGGCGUGGCGAUUAUCCAUCAGCUUUCAUUCGACAGACAUCUAGUCGGACUAGAACAACCAUAUCAUCUCCAACACCACAAUCUCCACCUCCUCCUCCACCACCUCUGCCACCACCCCUUCCUUCAUCUCUCCCAGUGCAAGUGAACUCUAGCGCUAGCAACUCAGGAUGUCCACAAGAUUCACUUCAUUCCAUCCAGUUGCGGCAGAAUCAGAACCAUAUUCAGUCUGUUGCUCCAACCCUGUCCCAGACGGAACCCUUAAGCAGUAGCAUGCAACGAGGAAGAGAUCUCAAGCGCAGCUCAAGCAAUGUGACUGCUAGUUCUGGAAGUGUUGAGGCUUUAUUUGAUAAGCCCAUACGAAGCCGCAGCCAGCAGCCCUUGUCAGCACCUAUGUCUCAACAAAGUGAGAGCAAAGUCCAACGUAGACAAGCUAGAAAAAGGCUAUCCAAGAGCUAUUCACAAGGAUCUGUAUCCUCACAUGCAACAUGUUGGUCUACAGGCAGCGGGGUAGACAGUAGAAGGUCAUCUGUUGCAUUUCCAUUACAAAAAGACUCUAAACAUACAAAGGGCUCUCAAAAACUGGACACCAGUCCCUGGAGAUGCAACGGCCCCUUCAGUUACUGUUUCUUUAAACGUAAGACUGAGGGAGAAGAUGAUGAAAUUGAGUGGGACAGGCCUAGAAGAAGUCGUGUUGGGGGUAAUUUUGACAAUAAUGGUGCUGUUGCAUCAGCUAUAACCCCCUAUGGAUCAUCGAUGGAUGAGCAGCUAUAUGGAGAGGUGCUUGAUAAUAUGAGCUUUAGUGACCGUUUGGCAAGAAUCAAUUCUCUCAAGGACCGCAUGUACAGCUUUCCAUGUGGCUUUAACGACGUCCGUCGAGAUGCCAAUGAGCUCAUUGCACUGGUGAGAUCCAGUGUAGGUCGUUGUGACCGUGGCGUCCAGAUGCCUAUACAAGAUGUUUCCCAGUACAAGCAGCUUCUUUCUGUUGAGUCAAAAGAGUUAGGCCGGGCUUGCCGGAAAAUGGCACAAGCCCAUAGUAGUCCUGAUGAAAUGCUGCUAGCUGUUACAUGUAGCUUUCAGGUGCUAUGCUGUCUGUGUGAAGCUUGUAUGUGUCUAGUUAGGGGACUCGGAGCCUUGGCAUCACAGCAGCAAAGAGAAGUUGUAGCAAAAGUUGAUGAGGUUGUUAUGAACUAUAUUUGUUUGCUCAAAGCAGCCGAAGCUGCAACUGUUGGGGCUCCAGGGGAGCACAGUGUUAAUGCCCUGGUUCGCCACUCCAGUACCAUGUCAGCUAUUGCUAACGCACUCACCCGCUCCCUUAAAACGCUGCUAAGCAAGUAGAGGCUAUUUCCAAUGCUUUAUAGUAUGGCCUAUGCAGUCAGUAGAAGUCUGUCUUUAGACAUCUUACUGUUUUUGAGUUAUCUGAAAGAGUCAGAUGUUUUCCUGUUGUGUUUAAAUGUUUUUUAUGUCUAAAAAUAUAUUUAUUGCAGUUAUACUUAAACUUAUAAUGACAUAUUAUUAAAAAUGCUUACAGAGAGUAAAUACUUUUACUGCUGAAAUUGUUGUAAUGUAAAUUUCAAAGCCAUACUGUUAGGAACCUUUGUACUAAAUGUACCUAGUAGAUACUAUACCCUUUUACUUGUGCAUUAUGUAACUUAUUCAAAAUGUAUAUAAUGUAUAAUGAUACUAUAUAAUUGUAUAAUUUGAAGGAGCACUUUUUUGAAGAGCAGGAAGGCAUUGAGAACUCCGCUUGAAAUAAUUUAUUUUGCAAGAUUGAUUGAAAGUCACUUUACGUUGAGUCAUGUAAAGUUUUAAUAGAAA